AUGAACUUUCUUCUAUUUGCAUUAACAUGUGCCACUAUCUAUGUUUUUCUUCGUUCAAUCAUUGCAAAGAUAUCAAAACCAAACUAUAAGCUUCCACCAGGACCUUCCCCUCUUCCCAUCAUAGGAAACCUCCUUGAAUUAGGAAACAAGCCUCACAAAUCAUUGGCAAAACUUGCUGAGAUUCAUGGCCCAUUAAUGAGUCUCAAAUUUGGCCAAAUAACCACUGUUGUCAUCUCCUCAGCAGACAUGGCAAAACAUGUGCUUCUCACCAAUGACCAGUUCUUGUCCAACAGAACCGUUCCACAAUCUGUUUCGAUUCUCGACCACCAGCACUAUACACUUCCCUUCCUACCAAUUUCACCUCUUUGGAAAGAAUUAAGAAAAAUAUGCAACACUGAAUUACUUUCUCACAAGACUCUUGAUGCUAGCCAAGACGUAAGGCGCAAGAAAAUACAAGAGCUUCUCAAUGAUAUUGAUCAAAGCAGUCAAAUUGGCGAAGCGAUAGAGGUUGGAACAGCAGCGUUCAAAACAACCAUAAAUCUGUUGUCAAACACUAUUUUCUCUGUGGAUUUGAUCCAGACUAAUGGUGAAGCAGGAGAGUUUAAGGACUUGGUGACUGAUAUUACAAAACUUGUUGGCACGCCAAAUCUGGCGGACUUUUUUCCUGUGUUGAAGAUGAUCGAUCCACAAGGCGUUAAAAGGAGACAGACAGAGAAUGUUAAGAAGCUGUUUGACAUUUUUCAAGACUUGGUUAUCCAACGUUUGAAGAUGAGGGAAAGCACAUGUGUAGACACCAACAAAGACAUGUUAGAUUCCAUGCUAAACAUUUUUAAGGAAAAUGAGUUUAUCGACAAUAAUAUGAUCAAACAUCUAUCACAUGAUAUAUUUGUGGCGGGAACUGAUACAACAUCCUCUACCCUCGAAUGGGCGAUGACAGAGCUUAACCACAACCCAGAAGUUAUGGUGAAGGCCAAGAAAGAGUUAGAAAAAAUGAUUGGUUGUGGUGUCCCACUUGAGGAAUCAAAUAUUUCUAACCUCCCAUACUUACAAGCUAUAAUAAAGGAGACACUUCGGUUGCACCCGCCCGUGCCGCUCUUACUGCCACGAAAAGCUGUGAGUAAUGUUGACAUAUGUGGCUACACUAUCCCCAAGGAUGCACAAGUGCUAGUUAAUGUGUGGAAGAUUGGUAGAGAUCCAGCUAUAUGGAUGAAUCCAACUUUGUUCUCUCCGGAAAGGUUCUUAGGGUCAGAGAUUGAUUUCAAAGGCCGGAAUUUCGAGCUUGUACCAUUUGGUGGCGGACGACGAAUAUGCCCAGGCUUAGUUUUGGCUAAUAGGAUGUUGAUGUUAAUGUUGGGGUCAUUAGUCAACUCAUUCGAUUGGAAGCUUGAAGGUAACAUGAAACCAGAAAAUAUGAACAUGGAUGAUAAAUUUGGCAUUACCUUGCAAAUGGCUCAACCCCUUCGAGUUGUUCCUGUCAGAAUAAGCAAAUGA